AUUAGAAACAAGACCCAACAACGAGCUAAUCACAGCCCUCUAAAGUUUUUUUUUCCUUUUUUUUUUAUUGGGUGUUUUUGUUUUUGAUUGAAUUGAAGUAAAGGUAGUAAGGUCAACAUUUAUAUAUUCCCUCUUGGUGCCCUGAAAGUGAAGAUGAGUCGGCCAGAAAAUCAGGAAGACAGCGAGGAAGAAGAUUGGAUGAUAAACUGGGAUCGCAGACGAAGAACAGCUGCAGUUCAAGUUCUUUGUAGCGUCGUCUAUGCCUUAAAAUUGCACCACUUGUAUCAUAGUAAGCACAAUGUAAAUAAGCCUCCAAGAAAUUUGAAAGGGAUAAAACGAAAUGCGCCAAGGGAUGAUGUAUGCAGGAGAGAGUUUGAAAGGAUAAGAGAAGCAAUUCACAGUGUAGCAGAGGCAAUAAGGGAAGCAAAUACUAUUGCUAAAAGGAGUCAAGCACGAGUUCAUUCAGAGGAAGAAGUUUUUGCAGAGUUGGUGAAUCUUGGUGUUGAUAAAAGGUUAAGAUAUAGAGCAUACACCUUUCUCACUCAAAAUGCAUCAAGGGUUAGAGCAUUCUUCGGUUGCCCGGUUGAAGAGCGCAAGAAAUUUCUGCUACAACUGAUGCAUGGACCGCACAAUCUUUGACAAGGACGCUUAGUGUUUGAUAGAUUAUGAUGAAACAAACCCUUGCUAUAUGGUAAUACUUUUAAUUUUUUUCCGUUUUAAGUCUUUCUGCUGUGAUUUCUAUCUCUAAAUUGUGCUACUGCUGAGGGGUGUUGUAUUGCAAAGUUCAGUCGUAAACUUCCAAGUUCAUUUUCAUCUGAUUCGAUAUAGUUUCAAUUAAAGCUUUCAAUUGAUAGACAUUCUUUAA